UGCUUUUUUUUGAUAAAUUAAUGAGCAUGAGUUCUCCAUAAUAUAUAUUCAGAUAUAUUGAUUUGAUGAUAACUUGAUGAUUUGUUCAAUGAAAAUGACUGCCAAUGAUAAUGAUGAAUUUAUCAAUGAAUCUGAACUUGGUACCAAACAAUUUUGGGAUCGAUUUUAUGAUGAAGAAUUAAUCAAUUUUAACGAUUUGGGUGAUUCAGGUGAAACGUGGUUCGGCACACGAAAUACACGUAAAAUUAUUGAUUGGGUGAACGAAAAUCAUGUCAAAAAUGAUGCUAUCUGUGAUAUUGGCUGCGGUAAUGGCUAUGUAUUGGCUCAAUUGGCUCAACGAAAUUUCACCAAUCUUUAUGGGCUAGAUUAUUCAGAAAAAGCUAUUGAAUUUUGUCAAAAACAAUACAAUCAAUUCAAUAUUCAUUUCAAUGUGGUGGAUAUCUUGAAUGAUAAUUUCCAAAAUGAUCAAAAAUUCGAUGCCAUCAUCGAUAAAGGCACAUAUGAUGCUAUAUGUUUAAUGCCCGAUGCUGAUAUUCAUGAAAAUAGAAAAAGAUAUCUAAAAUUCUUAAUCAAUAAUCUCAAGAAUAAUGGCCAUUUUAUUAUAGUUACAUGUAAUUUUACAAAAGAGGAAAUAUUUAAAUUUCUAUCAAUAUCAAACAAUGUUCACAACAACAUAAAUAAUGAUAAUAAUAAUAUUUUAAAAACAGAUUAUCAUUUCAUACAUGAAUUCGAUACACCAACAUUAUCGUUUGGUGGUCAUGUUGGAAAACUGAUUACUGGAUUAAUAUUUUGUAAAAAAAACACAAUAAAAAUCAAUCCCAAUUGAUUGUUUUCCUUAUGGUAAAUACAGACAAUGUUGGACUAUUUCUUA